CAAAUUCGAAGGAACAAGCAUCCAGGUGCCGAACACAUGCGCGAAGACUUCUCACGAGGCAACUGGUUGAAGCAGUUGUAAUCUUAAAUAUGACUGAAUUAAGUUCAAAUGUAGAUUCGAAAUUAUCAACUUCUAUUAUACAACAAUUACAAAGCAAACGUAUUUGUACUGUUAUACAAUUUAUAAGUAAAGAUAAUGAAAAAUUGGUAACUUGUACAGGACUUCCGCUCAAGGACAUACUUGAAAUCAAGCGAAAUAUUAUGCAAAAAUAUGGAGGUAUAAUGAAAAGUGCCUCUGAUCUAUUUAAAAUUGAACAGAACAAUAUAAUUCCUACUAAUUUAUUAAGUUUAGAUGAUAUAUUAAAAGGUGGAUUAUAUCCUGGUCAGAUAUAUGAAAUAUGCGGUGCAUCCUCAAGUGGAAAAACUCAAUUAUGUUUAACAAUAGCAAAUAAUGUUGCUCUUGAGUCUAAAAAUAUUGUACGGUACAUUGAUACAAAGAGGGAUUUUUCUGGCUCAAGAAUAGAACAAAUAUUAUUUAAAAAAAAUUAUAAUAAACAGGUUAUUGAUGAAGUUAUGAACCGUAUUAAAGUAUGCUGUAUAUACAAGUUAGACCAAUUGUUUAAAAUUUUACGUUUGUUAACAGUUUCUUUAAAAGAAGAAAAAGCAGAGUAUCGUACAAGAAUUAUAAUCAUUGAUUCAUUGCCAGCAAUAAUUUUUAAAUUUUCUCAAAGUCAUGAAACAACAGUUGCAUUGAAUCACAUAGCAAAUAUGUGUCAUUUUAUUGCUAAUGAAUUUCAAUUAUCUAUUGUUACCGUUAACUUGGUUACUCAAUGGAAUACUAAUGCGGAAGGAUCAACCAAUACAAAUAGAAGUGAAAAUUAUAAUGAAGUGACUCCAGCAUUAGGAAAGUAUUGGUCACAUGUUCCUAAUACAAGACUAUUAAUGGAGAAAAUUGGAAUUGAAAGUAGAAAAAUUUCAGUAUGGAAAAGCUUUCAAUUAGCACCAAAUGUAGCAUGCACUUUAAGCAUAAAUGAUUGUGGCAUUUCAUGUUCUUGAAAUUUGUAUUUUGUACAUUGUAUAGAGGUAUUUUCAUUGUUACCUAGAGUUCAAAGUAUAUUUUGUAUAAGCACUUGUAUAAAUAUUUUUUUAAUUUAAAAAAUAAUCAUUUAAUAAGAUUUUAA